AUGGACCACCUUCAAUACCUUGGCCUCAAGCCUUCGAAGCUCAAUCUGACCGGCAUCGAUGGCAACUCUGCCCCAGGAGGCCAAACCUUCGUGGGUAGAAGACAAGUCGAUACACUGUUCACAUACAGCGUCGUCCUAGACUAUACUCCUAAAGCAGCACAAGAAGAAGCAGGCAUCACACUGUUCUUAACACAGAACCACCACGUUCGCCUUGGCUUAACUCUACUCCCAACAUCUGACACUGCGUCCGCCCUCACACCACACUUGCGCUUCACCACGGAGCCAUACUCGUCGGCGGCACCUCCCUUCAGCAUCCCAAUGCCUGCUGAACUCCAUGACGCACGUCUAGUCAUGGAAAUCAAAGCUGUCAACGAAACACACUUCUCCUUUGCAGUUGGACGCACUGAAAGCAAAGACCUCGCCGUGCUGGCGCACGCACCUGGUGAGAUCGUGAGCUGGGGCUUCACAGGUACGCUGAUUGGUGUAUAUGCGACGAGCAAUGGAGGUAAUGGGACAGAAACGGCGUACGUGAGUAAAUGGACAUAUAAGGGGGAAGGGCAGAUCAGGGGGUAA